AUGUCUUCGCACGGAACUACCGAAAACCCUACUCCUGGAACCUCGUCCACGUCCGAGAGACGUAUUCCCCAGAAUCUGGCCCAAGAGAUUCAAGACCAGGAAAUGAAGGAGGAAUCCGAUAGCGAUGACGACAAUGAAGAACUUAAGCGGCAACUUGAGCGGAACAACAACGAGCUCAGGGAAAUGAAAAACCUGUUCAACCAGAACGUCAAAGCCCUCAAGGAGCUACAGGAACAAGCCCGCCGCACCAAAGAACUAGAGAAGGAAGUCACAACACUUCGAGCUGCCGCGAACGUCAUAUCAGCUCCUGUCGAAGGAAGAGAACGCCUUAAGCUCAACACCCCUACCACCUUCGACGGAACCCCUGGACAGCUCAAAGGAUACUUGGUACAGAUACGGACCUACCAAGCCUUCCACAUCAACACGUUCCAGAACGAUACCGAACGUGUCGUCCACGCCGCCACCUUCUUGAGAGGGAAGGCCCUCGCUUGGUUCGAACCCCUCCAACAAGAAUGGCUGGACACCCCUAUCGAGAGAUACAGUCAAGAAGUGAAGGACAUCUUUUUCAGCUUCAGUGGAUAUGUUAAAGCCCUUCAAUCUCUCUUCUUAGACCCCGAUGAGAAAAGACAAGCAGAAAGAGAACUAGCAAGCCUACGACAAAACAAAUCAGCUACAAUGUACGCCGCAGAAUUUCGACGACUCGCAGCCAGACUCGACAUGACCGACGAAAGCAAAGUCUUCGCUUUCUACCAGGGUCUCAAGGACGACGUCAAGGACGAAAUGGCCAAAGUGGACACGCCACCUAGCUUCCUUGAUUAUGUCGAAUACGCUAUUAAGAUUGACAACCGACUGUUUGAACGACGCAAGGAAAAAGGAGAAAAACGUCAAACAGCUAACUCAGGAAAGAAAUACCAAUGGCAACCCCAACACAAGUUCAACAAAAACCAGAACAACAGGAACAACAAUCAGCAGAGCACCGCACAUGGACAACACAGCGGACCCAUGGACCUGAGCGUCGCGCAAAAAGACAAACCCAGACGCAGAGAAUUCAAAUGCUACAACUGCGACAAGCCAGGAUACAUGGCUAGACACUGCAUACAGCCUAAGAAACUUACGGCAACCCCUAAGCAAGCCAACGCUGCAACCAAAAUCCCUAGCUACGAAGAAAAGGGAUGGACAGCCUGCUAUGACAAUGAUUGCACUACGCAUAGGCAUGCAAAAGAGAAUAGACGAUCGGGAUACGACACUACCAACAUACCUAAGGCCAUUGCUGUGAUAGACCGAUACACCGGUGGACCGGAUUACAUUAAGCAGCGACAGGAGCUACUCGACGACUGGGAACAAGCAAAGAAGGCCGCGGAACUCAACAACGCCUUCCAAGAUGGUAGCAUUGUGUACCAACCGGGACUCUUAUGGGACAUCCUACGCCUCGCCAACUAUCGACAGACGAAUGAAGUAAACACCCCGGAAAGUUUCUUAGAAGAAGAAGCUAGGAAACUCGAAGAAGAAAACGAGACAGCUAUCAAACAGAUACAAGACGCCAUCAACUACACGAUGCAAAUUCGAAACAACAGCGAAGUUGGAGACACCCUCCAAUACAUGCGGAAAACCCGAGACUGCCGCAUCGCACUACGCGGAAACACCCGAGGACAAAAGACGGAACGAACCCUCGCGGUAGCCAGCAAAUACGCUUGCAAAGCCACCGAGCAAUUGGAUGAAAUGCUGAGACAACAACAAUUUAGGGACGCUAGCACCCAGACCCGAGUAUACCAAGCAAAGGACAACCUAAGCCAACGAUGGAGCUCACCAUAUACCACGGUAGCCAGCGACUCGACCUUUGAAUUGCUACAAAGAACCCGCGCUACUCCUUAA